CCUCGAUUUAUACUCUAUCACUGCAUUAGUUCCUGUUUCGUCCUCCUCAUUCAGUUUGUGAAUGGAGACAAGCACGCCUUUGUCGAGUUCUUUGCUCCAUGUGAGUUGCCACACAGCCACAGUAAUCAUGAUCCUAUUCACCACUGCCAACUCCUCUCACUAUAGAAAAUCAUGUCCAUACUCCCCAACUCCUGUCCAUACUUCUGCAAUUAGUCCUCCCUUCUUCCGUCUCUCCCUUCCUACUUACUUUGCCCCCUUACUCACUCCUCUCUCCCUUCUUCCCUCCCCCUCUUCCCUUUCUCCUUUCAUUUGUCCUUCUCUUACUCCCUUUCUCCCACCUUACUUUCUCCCUGACUCCUCCCCCCUCUUCCCUUCCCUCCCACCUUCCUUCUCUCCCUCUCAAUAUAUUAUACCAGGGUGUGGCCACUGCAAGCGACUGGCUCCAGCCUACGAAGAGGUCGGCAAGGCAUACGACAACUCCGCCGAUGUCCUCGUAGCAAAGGUAGACUGUGAUGCUCACAAGUCCGUGGCCCAGAGGUUUGGAGUCACUGGAUACCCAACUCUCAAGUUCUUCCCUAAAGGAAGCACUGAACCAGAAGCAUACAAUGGUGGUCGUUCAGCUGAUGACAUCAUCAACUUCAUUAACGACAAAUCUGGUUCUCGUGGACGUAUGAAGAAAGCUACCAGUUUUGUGGUGGACCUCAACAGAGAGAAUUUUGACACUGUUGUAAAGGACCCCGCAAAGAAUGUGCUCGUGGAAUUCUAUGCACCUUGGUGUGGUCACUGCAAGGCCCUAACCCCCACCUAUGACGAGGUGGCAGCUACCUUCAAGAAUGACGAAAAUUGUGUGGUGGCCAAGUUGGAUGCUGACGGAUUCAGGGAUGUGGCUGAAGGCUAUGACAUCACGGGAUUCCCCACUAUCAAGUAUUUUCCUGCCGACAACAAAGACGGAGAAGACUACGAGCGUGGCAGGGAGCUGGCAGACUUUGUCAAGUUCCUCAAUGACAAGUGUGGGACCAACAGACUGCCCGGAGGGAAACUCAACUCUCAUGCAGGUGUAGUGGAAGACAUGAAUGGACUGGCAUCCAAGUUCAUGUCAGAGGAGGAGGCUCGAGGUGAGGUUCUGUCUGAGGCUGAGGGGGCCGCCGAGAAACAUGAAGACUCACAAGCCAUGUACUAUGUCAAGGUGAUGAAAAAGGUUCUUGAGAAGGGAGCAGACUACGUAAAGACAGAGUAUGACAGGCUGGGGCGUAUCCUUGGUGAGGUUCUUCGUCAUUGAUAUCUCGUCCCUUAGUCCACUAGCAAGUGUGACGGAAAGACAUCCCUAAAUGAGGGAGGACACCUUUAAAAAGCACCUGCUGUUUCCCCCCCCAAAACAGAUUU